AUGACGGGAAAGCGCAAGUCCCGCGGACGUGGUCUUCGAGCCACUACCGGCUGUCUUGUCUGCAAGCGACGUCAUGUGAAAUGUGACGAGACACAACCACAAUGUGGCCCUUGCUUAAAGGGUGAUCGGCUUUGUGUAUACGCCGCCAAAGAGACGCAUCCCAGUAGUGCAAGGCAUAAUUUGACUCAAUCCCUGGCGAGCGAGGCCCCUCCGCAUCAGGUUUCUGUUCAACCCCACAUUCAUGCUCCACUGCAAAUACUUGUUGAUGCCUGUGAUCAAGAAAAGACUUCGCAACAAGAGAAAGUGCGAGAUGGUUUUCAACUUUCCCAUGCUUCUCCUCUCCCGGGCAGAGCGGAUACUAAGUCCGCCGGCAUCUAUCCAAACUCCCAUUCUCCACGUAGUCUUGCCGCAUCGCCCGGAACUGACAUCUCGGUUACUUCCACCCGGCCGGCGCCUCUGAGCUGGUUCGAGUUGUUAGCCAGGGAUGCCGCAAAUGCAGACACCGGGUUUCUACUAUCGCCUUUACAACGCUCUCCAGAUGUGCGGUCAGUGGAGGAAAACACCGACCCACGCAACAGUGCAAACUUGCAGCCCCGCAGCUUGAGAGAGCGAGAAAGCUUUCAAGCAGCAGCUUUCUCGAGGCUUCCUGGAAUAGAGCAACACAUUUCUCCACAAACAGCGGAAGAGGAAUCAUCUUUACCUAAUGACUCUUCCUCAUGGACGACCGAUUUUCCAGUCCCCCUCUCGGAGCUUGAGCGUCACAUCUUUACCCAUUUUGUACGCUUCUCAAGUCAAUGGCUCGAUUUCUAUGACCCUCUCCGCCAUUUCUCAACUACCGUGCCACACUUUGCUUUGCGAAGCCCUGGCUUGAUGCGAGCUUUGCUAGCUUUCACGGCACGACACAUAUCACUUGAAUCCUCAACGCCGGAAACUUUAAAUGAUUCUGUCGGAUCAAACGAAAAACGGCCUUCAUUAUCUCAGAAUUCUGGCAAGCUAAUCACGGUCGACCGCAAUGUAGCGGUGCAGUACUACUAUGAGACUUUGCGUUGUUUGAACAAAGCCAUGCGACACCCGUCUUACGCUAGCAGCCACGAGAUCGUUGCAACUGCCCUUCUAAUCAGCGCCUAUGAGAUGAUCGACGGAUCUAAUCAGGAUUGGGAGCGGCAUCUCAAAGGUGUCUUUUGGAUUCAGCGAUUCCAAGACAAUGAUGGGGAGUGUGGCGGCUUACGCCAGGCUGUUUGGUGGGCUUGGCUAAGGCAGGAUGUCUGGGUCGCCAUGAGGGAACGUCGUCGGGUGUUCAGCUUUUGGCAACCGAAAAAGCCCUUGCCGCUGCUAUCGGCUCCUGAACUAGCCACUCGAGUGACAUGGCUUCUCGGACAAUGUGUAAAUUACGCAUCCAAAGAGGAGCAAGACUCAAUGGAACUUUCUCGUCGUCUUGAACGCGGCAGUGAGUUACUCUACCUUCUCCAGCAAUGGCACGACUAUCUACCUCCAGAGUAUAGUCCGCUUCCACGUCUUUCUGAGACACGGACAUUCCCUCCAAUUUGGGUGCAUCCAUCGCCAUAUGCAGCUUCAUUGCAGGUACAUAGUCUUGCCCGAAUCUUGGUUAUUCUUCACCGCCCUUCCUCUGGGGGUCUUGAAGACUAUCGGGCAGCCCAAAAGCUGUUGACAUUAUCUGUCAAUAUUAUAUGCGGGAUUGCACAAACGGUGGAUUACGAAGACAGCGCCGCUAUUCUUACCUCGCUGCAGUGCGUCUUUGGAGCGGAUGAAAGUCGCGCAAUCCAAUUUCAGCAGAAGACUAUUGAGCAGGAUACAGUCAUGUUCUGA